AUGGGGAACAUCAGUAGCAGACUUGAUGAAGGGCCCAUUCUUUACCUAAAGGAUCAAGCACGCUUCUCCAUUAGCUCCAUCGUCGUGAGCAACGGUCGGCGGAAGGUCCUGCUCAGUGUCGCUCCGAACGCAUAUCCUGCAUUACGUCUCGUUGGAAAACCUGAUGUGGCCGAUUAUAAACCAAUUUCCUAUAUUCAAGACCCUGAAUCCUCUGCCCCUACUUUUCUGCCUCGAUUGGAUCUCGAAGAUGAGCUCGACAUUCGAUUCACAUUCACGACCCGACAGAAUUCGGGUCCCCUCCCUCCUACGCCUUCCACGGCCACCGCCGCUGUUGAUACGAACAUCACGGGGCUGACCUUCGCCUACGCCCCAAAUGCCAAAGAUUUGGAUACAUUAAUCACACGGGAAUUCCACGCGGACCCAAAUUUGCACAAAAAUUCGAAUGUACAAUUUAUUGGCGACUUUGGAACGAAUGGCAGUCCUGCAACGACUUACGAAUGGAAUUGGCGUUGGAAACCGCCCAAGGCUUACGAAGACCGGGGCGGAGGAUGGCGCAACUGUUGCAGUUUCCUCGAGUACGAUUCGAGGGCACACAGAUUAAACACCCUCGCCUCCUUCACGUUCUGGGUUCACAACGCGGCGCUGCCAAACGCGACGCCCCUUGCUUCCCCCAACCUCGAGCUUAUGGUCCCCCAGCAGAGAAAUCGAAUGGCGUCGUCCCAUUCCUAUCAGUCCACCGUGAGCGACUCAGAAGGUCCGGCUGAUCUCCCGAAUCCGCCUUCGCCACACGUGCAUUCGGCCGACUUCAAUUCUAGUGCGUCAACCGUUGCGCCAGCCGUUCCGGUGAUCGACGUCCAAUGCCAACGACCUGGAGAGGAUGUCAGUGCGGUUGAAGACGGCCCCGUCUUUAGAGCCACGAUGAAAUCACUGGAGCAAAAGACGGGGACCAUGAGAAUCCAAAUUAAGAAGGUGCUGAAACGGGCGGAGGCCGCUCAGCAAGCGCAGGUCGAAUGCAACCAAGCAAUGUCCGGCUUUCUGAGCGCCCUGCAGGAAGCCUCCGGUUCAAAUGCCACCGCCUUCAAGCCUGCGCUUGACCAUUACUUCACGAAUAUCGCGCAAAGAAUUUUGAAGUAUGAGAGAGAGAACUGCGUAUUGCUACAGAAACAAAUCAUCGAUCCAAUAUCCAAACUGUACAACCUCGACAUCAAACAGGCCGAGGCCAAGAAAAAGGAUUUUGAAGACGAAAGUCGAGAUUACUAUGCUUACGUUAGUCGAUAUCUCGGUCAACGGCAGGAUUCGCUCAAGGACAAGAAAAGGGCUGAGAGUGAUUCCAAAUACCAACACAAGAAACGAAAUUUUGAACUCAAGAGAUUUGACUACUCGUCCUUCAUGCAGGAUCUCCAUGGCGGCCGUAAGGAACAAGAACUCCUCUCCCAGCUCACCAAAUACGCCGAUGGGCAGGCCAAGUCGUUCCUCAUGGCCGCGAAGAAGGUGGAAAGUCUCACGCCGCAAUUGGACGCGCUUGUGAAAGAAGUCUCUGCGGCAGACAAAGAAUAUAAUUUGCAAAGGACGGAGCGAGAGGAAAAGCGCCGGAAUCUCGAAAAGAACGGCCCCCUUUAUGUGGAACCCGAACCGCCUCAACAGCCGGGGCCCAUUCCAAGCUAUCCGCCAGCCCAAAAUGGUCACACUGGGCAUACUUCCGAUACAGACUUGAGCAGGGCCGAUAGUACCGGCUCACAGUGGGGACACCCGUCAGCCAAAACACUAUCCCCAUCUGGCAACUCUACCCUCUCAGGUGCUCCAAGCGCCGUACUCUCUGCAUCACCUGGAGGCUCUUCGACAGUGCCAACACCCAGCAAAUUCAAAGGCAUUCGUGACCUUGAUGAAACCUCCGUCUCAACGACGACAACAACCACCACCACCACCACCACCACCACCGACAAGGCACCUGGCGCGCAACAUCGGAAAGAAGGACUUUUAUGGGCACUGAGCAGACCUGGCUCUCAUAUUGACCCCAAAGGCAUCAACAAGCAAGCCUGGCACAAAUUCUGGAUUGUGCUGGAUCAGGGAAAGCUCUCUGAGUAUAGCAAUUGGAAGGACAAAUUAGAUUUGCAUCGCGAACCCAUCGACCUACGUGUCGCUUCAGUACGCAUGGCACGCGACGCCGAGCGACGAUUUUGUUUUGAGGUUAUCACGCCACAAUACAAGCGAGUCUACCAGGCGACCACCGAAGAGGAAAUGAACCAUUGGAUCAAUGCCAUCAACAACGCCCUGCAGAGUGCCGUGGAAUCCGGCGGACAGAUAGCUCAACCAAGUCGGAAUGAGCCUUCGAAACGUGAAUACGGCCAGAUGCUCACCGGGAAGAGCUCAUCGCAGUCCGGCCCACACAGCUAUUCUCAGCGCAAUGAUGCCCUUGGAGUCUCACGUCGGAUUACAGUCGGUGCUAGACCCACCUACACACGAACCAGCAGCAACAGUUUUGAAGAAAACCCCUCAAAGCUAUUGGAUCAAAUCAGAAACAAUGAUCAAGGCAAUCAAUAUUGCGCUGAUUGUGGCUCCACCUCCAAAGUGGAAUGGGUGUCACUGAACCUGGGAAUCAUUCUCUGCAUCGAAUGUGGCGGCAUUCACCGCUCCCUGGGGACUCAUGUGUCCAAAGUUCGAUCAUUAACCCUCGAUGUUCAUUCUUUCACUACUGACAUCGUCGAACUUUUGAUGCUCAUUGGAAAUCGGAUCAGCAACAUGGUGUGGGAAUCUUUGUUGGACCGCUCCCUGAAGCCCGGGCCGAGCGCGACUCGAGAUCAGCGUCUCAAAUUCAUCACUGCCAAAUAUGUCGAUAGGGCUUAUGUCGAGCCUGUGUCUCAACACGGAACCGCCGACGAUGCAUUGCUGACGUCCAUUAAGAAACAUGACAUCCAGGGAGUCUUGCAAGGCAUUGCUCAACGAGGGAACGUCAACGCCCACGAUCGGUCUAGGAACACGCAUGCCGUGUUCUUAGCUCUGGCUGCCGCCGACCCUGCUCGACCUGCUUCAUCUCAGUCCAACACGACAUCUCCAGCGAACAAAGCCUUCGCGGUGGCAGAGCUAUUGGUCCAAAACGGGGCCGAAAUCCCUACAGACGCACCACCUAUACCACUGUCUCCGGCUGCGCAAUUAUACACUGAACAGCGAACGUCUCGAGCGGCUACAAAUCAUGGCAGUCAUACUGAUACGCUCGGUCCUCUCCCUACUAUGACGAAGCCUUUGCCAUUGUUCUCAUCAUCCUCCGAAGGAACAGCCAAAUUGCAAAAACGCGGUAGUGCCGGCGCAAGGUUGGCUGGGAGAGUAACGGGCUUGGGAGAACGAUAG